AUGGCUUGCAAUAACGUUGUUUUCGCUUCUCUCGCCUAUGUUGCCGAUUGGAACGAGACGCACAUUUACAACCCGCGCUGGCCGCCGCAUGCCAAAUUUCACAACGGCCAGAGCAUGUCAUUUGGUGUUUUAUCUGCCUUAACAACCCUCUACCUUCUGGGUAGACGCAGCCCCAACCCUACGGCCGCGAAAGAUUCUGUAUUUAUUGCGGCGAUUGUUGGUUCUCUUACCACUGUGGCCGGUCUGUCCGCCGCUUUGUACCCAGGCACUGCGUGGGCUGACCCGGAACGGGAUACUGGAGCAAGGAUAGGCCCACAGGGUUAUCUUUUUAUGGCCCAAAUACUUGUCAACUGGAUAGCCUACUUCUUGGAGAAGACAAAGAUUGACAAGGGUUCCAAAUUGCAGUAA